UGUUAUGACGUUCCAUUUCUGCAACUGACCUCAUGUGUCAGUUAUUAACUAAGAGGUGGAAUUGUGUAUUGUAUCUUCUUGGCAGGAGCAGUGGAUUUCAAGUAGCAUCCAAUCAUCGGCCAUGUACAAAAGGAACUGCCACAUUAGAGAACUGACCUUGAUGGAACUCAGUACAAUCUCUUACUGUUAGACAGUGAAGGAAUAGAUGCCUAUGAUCAAACACAAUAUGAAUGGCUUAUUGGAUCACAAUAUGCUACAUCUGAUUGGGUUGCAAUAAGAAAACCUCCACCUUGUGCCAUUGAUUCUUGGGGCUUAGAUUAACAUGGAUGAUCGAUCGUGGAUGUAUCGUCGUCUUAUGGAUGGUCGCCUUCGUCCUGAAUACAUUACCGGUGUUAGAAGAUUUAUCAAUUUUGCAUUUUCAAUUGAUAAAAAUAUAUCUGGGGGAAAAAUUAGAUGUCCUUGUGUGAGGUGCAAAAAUCAAAAGUUUUUAAAGGAAGAUGAUGUUUGUAAACAUCUAUUGACAAAAGGUUUUUUACCUUGUUAUGAAAAUUGGACUGUACAUGGGGAGCCUUAUGUUGCAGAACCAAUAUUGGCUGGACCUUCAUCGAUUGGAAUGAGUCAUGUUGUUAAUGAUGUUUGUCUAGAGAAUCCAUAUAGGAAUAUGGUUAUGGAUGCAGUGGGGUUGGGUGAUGCAUUCUACAAUGAUAAUGUGUCUAGUCCUGUGGUAGCAGGAGAAAUUCCAAAUCCGGAUGCAACUAAAUUUUUUAAGCUUUUGAAAGCUGCGGAGGAGCCGUUGUGGGAUGGGUGUACCAAGCAAUCCAAAUUAUCUGCUUGUGUACAAUUGCUUAAUAUGAAGUCAACUUUAAAUUUGACUCAGAAUGCCUUCAACAAUUUCAUUGACUUUACAAAAAGUUGCAUGCCUAAUGAUGAAAAUUUGGUUUCAAAUUUUUAUGAUGCCAAGAAAUUUAUGCGGCCACUUGGACUUGGUUAUGAGAAAUAUGAUGUGUGUCCUAAUUACUGUAUGCUAUACUAUGGGGCAGAUGCAAUGAAAAUAAAUUGUGAUUUUUGUGGAAGUUCACGAUACAAACCUAGAAAUCCAACUAGUAAAGGUUCCAAUAAGGCGGAGAAGCAACUCCGAUACUUUCCUCUAACACCAAGGCUUCAGAGACUAUUCAUGUCCCCAUAUCAUGCCAAAGAUAUGACAUGGCAUCAUUUUCAUAAGUCUGAUAAUGGGGUUAUGGUGCACCCAUCUGAUGGGGAGGCAUGGAAGGAGUUUAAUCGUGUCCACUUAAGCUUUGCAUCAGAUCCGAGAAAUAUUCGGUUAGGGUUGUGCACUGAUGGGUUUUGUCCAUUUGACAUGUCUUCAAAUACAUACUCUUGUUGGCCAGUAAUUGUGACUGUUUAUAAUUUGCCUCCGUGGAAGUGCAUGACUAGACCAUUCAUGUUUUUGACAAUGAUGAUUCCUGGGCCAAAGAAUCCGGGUAAAAAGCUUGAUGUUUUUCUAAAACCUUUGAUUGAUGAGUUAAAGAAUUUGUGGUUUUUUGGUGUUGAAACAUAUGAUGUAUACAGAAAGGAAAAUUUUCAAUUAAGGGCAGCUUUGAUGUGGACCAUUAGUGACUUUCCAGCAUAUGGCAUGUUAUCGGGGUGGAGUACUCAUGGAAAUCUGUCUUGUCCUUAUUGUAUGGAGCAUAGCAAGGCUUUUAGAUUAAAAAAUGGGGGGAAAACUACAUUUUUUGAUUGUCAUCGACGAUUCCUACCCAUGGACCACCCAUAUAGAUUUCAAUAUGAUAAGUUUUUGAAAGGAGUAAUUGAAAGGCUUCCUCCUUUACCUCGUCCAUCUGGUUUGGAAAUGUUAAAUGAAGUGUCCAAGUAUACUGAGGGACAUAAUGGAGGUUCAUCAUAUAAUGAUAAAAUUCCUGGCUUUGGUGUUAAGCACAAUUGGGUGAAGAAGAGCAUUUUCUGGGAGCUUCCAUAUUGGCAUACAAAUUUGAUUCGUCAUAAUCUUGAUGUCAUGCAUAUUGAGAAAAAUGUCUUUGACAACAUUUUUUAUACAGUAAUGGAUUGUCCGAAUAGAAGUAAGGACAAUUUAAAGGCUAGGUUGGAUAUUCAAUUGUAUUGUCAGAAGCCAAAUUUACAUUUGCAACAAGAUAUGAGUGGUCGGCUUUACAAACCUAAAGGCACUUAUUGUCUAUACAAGAAACAACAACAAGAAGUUUUGUCAUGGAUGAAGGAAUUAUCAUUUCCUGAUGGUUAUGCUUCAAGCAUUUCACGAUGUGUGAAAGAGGCACAAUGUAAGGUUUCAGGGAUGAAGAGCCAUGAUUGUCAUGUCUUCAUUCAAAGACUUCUUCCAACCGCUUUCCGACCUUACUUACCUAGGCCACUGUGGGAGGCAUUAACUGAACUGUCCGUAUUUUUCCGAGAUAUUUGUUCAACAAAUUUAAAUGCUCAGCACAUGGAGUUAAUGCAGAUGAAUAUAAUCGAAAUAAUUUGCAAACUUGAAAGGAUUUUUCCUCCAUCCUUCUUUGACUCCAUGGAACACUUGACGAUACAUCUACCUUAUGAGGCAAAAGUUGGUGGACCAGUUCAAUAUCGAUGGAUGUAUCCAUUUGAACGGUAUGUUUUCAUACUAUGUUAA